GUUGUCGGAAUCCCCCGCCCCACAGCGUCCCCCGUUAACCUGCAGCUGCCCCAACGAGGGGCUGCAACCCAGAGCUCACAAGAUCAUGGGAGCUCCAAUUCUGCCCCACGUUCUACGGGGGCAUGUGCGGGGGUCCAACCAGCAACAAAAGGCUGCGAUUAUCGGUGCGAGUUGAUGUUUGAAAGGUAUAACGACAUCCGCUUGUGUUGAGACUCAAAUCCCGUUCCAUUCAACUGGGCCUUUAUUCUAUGUUGAGGGAAGCUUUAAGUCUACAAUCAGUUAAAGCAACAGGAUGGCUGCCAACGGAAUCCCCCUGCAGGAGCGAGAGGGCACGCCCGAUUAUUGUAAUCCGGCCGUCUUCCGAAGAAGUACGCUCCCUCCGCGCUCUUACUUCAUUCCCGAGGCGUCUCUGCUGCUUAACGGCCGAUGGGACUUCCACUACGCCGCAAGCCCGCUCGAGGCGCCGGACUUGAAACCGGAGGCCGCCACCAGCUGGACGACGAUCCAAGUCCCCGGCCACUGGCAGCUCCAGGGCCACGGGAAACCACACUACACAAACACCCAGUUCCCCAUCCCCGUCUGCCCGCCCCAUGUGCCCACCGAGAACCCAACGGGCACCUACCGCCGGUCCUUCUACGUGCCUUCUUCGUGGGAGGGUGAUUCGCAGCUGCGGCUGCGCUUCGACGGCGUCGACAGCGCCUACCACGUAUGGGUGAACGGUACCUUGGUCGGCUAUGCUCAGGGGUCGCGAAACGCCUCCGAGUUCGACGUGACCGCGUUCGUGGAUAGGGGCGAGUCAAACGAGCUCACUGUCAAGGUCUACCAGUGGUCGGACGGCACGUAUAUCGAGGAUCAGGACCAGUGGUGGCUUUCAGGCAUCUUCCGCGACGUCCAUCUCAUCUCGUUCCCGGGAUCUACAAGGAUCGAGGAUUGGUUUAUCCGGACUGAUGAUUUUGACGACAAAUACGAGGACGCCGUCGUCGAAGCUACGGUCAAUGUUAAAACAGCAACAAAAUCGAGUCUAACGCUCAUCCUCCGGGAGCUGCCCAAGAAUGGCGGUGGGAUCAUCUCCACUAUCAAGAAGGCUGUGGUCAACCCGGGCGACGCUAAAGUCAUUCUCGCCGCGGAUGUACCCAGUCCAAAGAAAUGGACAGCAGAGACGCCAUAUCUGUACACCGUGGAGCUGACAAUCUCGACCGAUGCAGGCCAGGCCAUGACUGUUAACCAGAAUGUAGGCUUCCGCAAGAUUGAGCUCAAGAAUGGGCUCAUCACGGUCAACGGGACACCCGUAAAGCUACACGGAGUCAACCGUCAUGACCAUCACCCAUUACACGGCCGCGCCGUGCCCUUGGACUUCAUCAGGAAGGACCUUCUCCUCAUGAAGACUCACAACAUCAACGCCCUCCGCUGCUCGCACUACCCGUCGGACCCGCGCCUGUAUGACCUCGCCGACGAGCUCGGCCUCUGGGUCAUGGACGAGGCUGAUCUGGAAUGCCAUGGCUUCUACGACGCCGUCGCGCGACCUCUGGACAUCCCCGAGGAGAUGGACUACGAGGAGCGCAAGAAGUUGACCUUCCCGCAGGCAGCCAAAUUCACGACCGACAACCCGGCCUGGAAGGCGGCAUAUAUCGACCGCAUCGAGCAGAUGGUGCACAGGGACAAGAACCACGCAUCCAUCAUCAUCUGGUCGCUGGGCAACGAGUCCUUCUACGGCCAGAACCACAAGGCCAUGUACGACUGGGCCAAGGAGUUCGACCCAGGUCGGCUGGUGCACUACGAGGGCGAUGCCCAUGCCGAGUCCGCCGACAUGUAUUCGUACAUGUACCCUUCUGUGGACCGGCUGGUCCGCCUAGUCAAGACAGAGGGUGUAAAGGAGGACGGCUCCUUCGACAAGCCCAUCGUCCUGUGUGAGUACGCGCACGCCAUGGGCAACGGGCCCGGCUGGCUCGAGGAGUACGACAGCGCGUUCCGCACGUACCCACGGCUCCAGGGCGGCUUCAUCUGGGAGUGGGCGAACCACGGGCUGUGGAAGGAGGAUGCUGAUGGCAAAUCGUAUUACGCGUACGGAGGCGAUUUUGGCGAUUUCCCCAACGACGGCACCUUUGUCAUGGACGGGCUGCUGUUUAGUAACCACGAACCGACGCCGGGGUUGCUAGAUUUCAAGAAGGUGAUCCAGCCCGUGAGGUUCGAGAUGGCUAGCGAUGACAGCUUGGCCAUAUCAAACGACUAUAGCUAUGUUGAGUUGGGGCACCUCGCGAUGACAUACAAGUUGGAAGAAUUCGGAGACAGCGCUACUCUGCUGGCAUCGGGAACACUCGACGUUCCGGUCAUCGCCGCUGGGAAGUCUGCCAAGGUAGCAUUACCCGCCUCGCUGUCCAAGAUCAAGUCGAGCAAGGAUGUCUACCUGACCGUGACACUUCGACUACGAGAGUCAACUCCGUGGGCAGAGCCAGGACACGAGAUUGCCUGGUUCCAGCACCAGAUCUCGAGAGCAGAGACUCUCGAGCUAACACCCGCCUUACGCCAGCUGACGUCGAAGCUGAGCGUCGACACUGCACAAUCGACGGUCAGGGUGUCAGGCGAGGCCUUCUCCUUCACCUUCGACACCGCCCGCGGCUACCUAACAGACUGGACCGCCAACGGCGCCACUCUCCUCGAGGCAGACCCCGCAACCGGCGCGGCCAUCAUCCCCGGCUUCUGGCGACCCCCCACCGACAACGACGUCCCCAUCUCCCUCCCCUACUGGCGCCGCUUCGGCGUAGACGCCCUAACAAGCCAACUCCGCUCCAUCACCCUCCCCACCACCCCCUCCCCCGACGGCACUCUCAAAAUCACCACCACCACCUACCUCUCCCCGCCCGUGCACGCCUGGGGCUGGGACGCCACGACAACAUACACCAUCUCCCCAUCCGGCACCCUCUCCAUCUCCGUCUCCCUCUCCCCGACCGGCCCACACCCGCCCACACACGUCCCCCGCGCAGGCCUCGACCUCCGCCUCCCGCGCGCCCUCGACGCCGUCCGCUGGCUCGGCCUCGGCCCGGGAGAGAGCUACCCCGACAAGCGCGCGGCGCAGCGCGUCGGCGUGUGGUCGCGCGGCGUGGCGGGCCUGCAGACGCGCUACGAGGUGCCGCAGGAGGGCGGGAAUCACAUGGAUACGAGGUGGGUGGCGCUGGCGGGGGGCGGCGCGGGAAUCAGGGCCGUCGCGGCGCCGGGCUCGGACGCGUUGUUGGGAUCUGGGCUGUUCAGCUUCGCGGCGACGAGGUACGAUGCCGCGGCCGUGGAGGCGGCUCGGCACCCGUGCGAUCUUGUCGAGGGGGCGGGGACGUUGUUGAGGCUUGAUGCUAGGGUUGCGGGGGUGGGGACGGGGGCGUGUGGGCCCGGGGUUAGGGAGGAGUUGUUGGUUCGGACGGGGGAGAUGAGGUUUGGGUUUGUGCUGGAGGCGGUUGGGGGGUGAGAUAGGGUGGCGUGAUUUAACGAUACAUCAACUGUUAGUCGUUGAGAAUCUCAGGCUGCAAAUUGAUUAAAAUAGUUCGGCCGUACUUAUUCCUUAGUACAGGCGCCAGCCACCUGCCUAGGCCAGGCGAAAAAGCAGUUUAAACUAUCCAAUGUUCUGGUUGG